AUGUGUGACCUCACCCAUUUGAGUAACUUGAGGACAUCCAGCGAUCUCACGAUGCUUUACAAUGCUUUAUUAUCCUUUACAGCAUUUAUGUUUUGUCUUAGUCUUUUCCUGGUACACAGAGCCAGUGUUUUAGAAAAAGAUUUUCGAAAACUCCAAGGGGACAUAAUUCUACAAUUAAAUCAGCCACGUUCUGAGGGAGUCAAAGGGAAAAUGGCCAAGAUGUCUCUAACAAGGGAGGACAUAAAGCCAAAUACUUUGCAAAAAGCACAGAGUUCUCUGAAGAUAUUGUCUAGGAGAGUAAAACGGGAACAGGGCAGCUGCAAAGUUCCAACAUCAUUCCUGCAGUUAACAACUAACACAAACAAACAGCCAGACAUAAGAGGAAAUCUAACAGUUAUCCCUUGGACUGUUUCUGCACAGCAAGGAAAUGCAAUUUCACUAAAGGAAAACAGAAUUGUUGUCCAAGAAGAUGGAUUUUACUUGGUGUUUGGACAAGUUUUGUUCAAUAGCCCAAGUACAGUUAUGGGUCAUAUAAUUCGCAGUUGGGCUUUCAAUAAAACUUGGACCACAUCAACAGAGCUGUUGCGUUGCUUGCAAGAGAUGCCUGAUGAAACUCCUGCCAAUACGUGCUACACUGGAGGCAUAGUACAGCUGCAUCAAGGCGAUGAGCUAGAGUUGGUGAUACCAUACAGCCAACAAACCCUCAUCUCUAUGGAUGCAGAAUCCACCUUUUUUGGUGUCAUACAGCUAAACUGAAACAAGUCAGUCUGAAGAUUAUAACAACGCUGCUCAACGCUGCAGGAAGUGGGAAACUGACACUGAGCUGUGUGAGGGGAUGCUGAUAAUGGACAGAAGUGACAACAGCAGGAAAACUGUUGGGACAUGUCAUUAAUGUCAGGACAAUACAUAAUCAACUUUUUAAAAGAACUGCCCAUCUGGUGUCAGUUUCUUUCACAGUACUUUUAAAAUCCUUAGCUUUGAACUGUGUAUCUUUCAGGUACACCUGGGCCUGUCCUCUAGCAGUGUUUAUGUGUGCUACCACCUCCUUUCAUCAGUCUAUUUUAGCAUGUCUCUUUAUACCUUGCUGGGGGCUUCCCUUCAGCUCAACCUCCGCGCUGUCUGUUUAUUUGUUCCUCUCGUCUAUUUUAAAAUGGUUUCCGUUUUCCUAAUACUAUAUCAGGAACAAACAAAGGGAUAAAUAUACAUACAGCUCUGCCGGUGUUGUCCUAGUUAACAUGAACUCCUUCGCACUGUAAAUACUUAAAAAUAAAUGAUGAUAAAAUUAAAGUAGAUAUAGUCGGGAUAAAAUGUAAAAGUACAAAUAAAUUCUCAUAUUGUGUACAACUUUGCAACUACUUUUGAUUGUGUUAUCUGUAUAACUGAUCACAAUAAAUAGAAAAAAAUAUGCAA